AUGCGCCCAACCUUGGUCUCGACCUCCGUCAUCUCGCUGGCGAUAGCAGCGACGGCUGCGGCUGCUGCAUCCACAAAUUAUCCAACCGCUGUCAUCCCCGCCGCUCCAACGCAAAUGGAAACCGUUGCAGAAGCAAUCGAGAACGCAGAGUCACAGGGGAUCAACGUUGCCACUGUUGUAGGGAUCGGGAUUGGAAUGCUCUUCGCCAGUCAAGGACAGGAUAGUGGACGACGGGGACAACACUGA